ACAGUGAGUGGGUGAGAGGUUCUAAAUGGACAGUGAGGAGCCCACGUGCUCAGUACAGACAGGCUGUGCUGUGGUACGUUUUGAAAUCCUACUGCUCCUCUAGUUGAGGGUUUACGGUGAUAAGCGGCACUGUUGAGGAGGCGGUGUGAGUUUCAGAGUGUAUCUGACUGCCUGCUGCCGGAAGUGAAACAGAGUGGCACUGUGGAUGAAGGAGAAUCCGGCAGCUUCUCUGAUGGAACAUUUCAGCCUCAGGUCACAUUUGUUUGGAUUAUUUCUCCUGAUCACCCAAAGCCAGUGUCCCGCAAGCGCUGGAGAUGUCACCAAACCCAACUUUGUGCUCAUGAUGGCCGAUGACCUGGGCAUAGGAGAUGUCGGCUGCUAUGGGAACGAUACGAUCAGAACCCCAAACAUCGACAGGCUGGCGCUGGACGGGGUCAAGCUGACCCAGCACAUCGCUGCUGCUCCGCUGUGCACCCCCAGCAGGGCCGCGUUCCUCACCGGCCGCUACGCUUUGCGCUCAGGCUUGGGCAGCACAGGAAGAGUGCAGGUGAUCAUGUUCGUCGGGGGUUCAGGAGGACUUCCCCCCAACGAGACCACGUUUGCUAAACUCCUGCAGAAGCAGGGAUACACUACAGGCCUCAUAGGAAAGUGGCACCUGGGCGUGAGCUGCAGGAGCAGGAAUGACCACUGCCACCACCCGAACAACCACGGCUUUGACUACUUCUAUGGGCUCCCCUUCACUUAUUUCAACGACUGUAAGCCUGGAGAGGGCAAAGAUGUUCUGGCUGACCUGCAGAAGACACUGUGGCAGAUGUCCAUGCUGGUGGGCCUGGGCCUGCUGACCCUGGUCCUGGUGCGGGUCACUGGAUUGUUGGAGGUCAGUGUGAAGCUGCUGGUGUUUUUGACGGCUGUCUGCCUGCUGGGCUUCACGGUGUGGUACGUACCUUUUGAGUUCCUGCAAACGUGGAACUGCAUCAUCAUGCGCAACGAGCAAGUGGUGGAGCAGCCGAUGGAGCCGGAUGCGCUGCCCGAAAAGCUUAUACAGGAGGCCGAACAGUUCGUGGAGAGGAACCAGAACAGGCCCUUUCUGCUGUUCCUGUCGCUGGCACACGUCCACACGCCACACUUCAUUUCCAGAGAGUUUUUCGGGAAGAGCAAACAUGGCCUGUACGGAGACAACGUGGAGGAGAUGGAUUCGAUGAUCGGCAGGAUGGUGAAGACUAUAGAUAGGCUCAACCUCGCUGACCGGACUCUGAUGUACUUCACCUCGGAUCACGGCGGUCACUUAGAAGAUUCCAAUGAACGCGGGCAGAGAGGAGGCUGGAACGGCAUCUAUCGAGGUGGUAAAGCCAUGGGGGGCUGGGAGGGAGGCAUUCGCGUGCCUGGAAUAUUCCGCUGGUCAGGUCGUCUGCCCGCAGGCCGGGUUGUGGACGAGCCCACAAGUCUGAUGGAUGUGUACCCCACUGUGGUGAAGCUAGCAGGAGGACAGCUGCCCCAGGACAGAGUUUUGGAUGGUCAUGAUCUGAUGCCGCUGUUAGAGGGGAAGACAGAGCGCUCAGAACACGAGUUCAUGUUGCAUUACUGCGGGAUUUACCUCAACGCCGCACGCUGGCAUCCCCCCGGCAGUGACUCCAUCUUUAAAGUCCAUUUCUUCACUCCAAACUUCUCGCCCCCUGGAGCCGGAGGCUGCUACCACACCAAGGUGUGUUUGUGCCACGGUGAUUUCGUCACCCACCACGACCCUCCACUGAUGUUCGACUUGUCCCGGGACCCUUCAGAGAGCAUCCCGCUAACAGCCGUGACGGAGCCCCGCCACGCUGAGGUGCUGUGGAGGGUCCGGCAGGCCGUGGAGGAACACCAAAAAACUCUGAGUCCGGUGGAGAAGCAGCUGUCCUGGGCAAACAUCCUGUGGAAGCCGUGGCUGCAGCCGUGCUGUGGAACGUUCCCCUUCUGCUCCUGCACCGAGACCAACAUCACAGCACACACACAGUAAGGGAUAUUAUAGGUUUAAAACCAUAUUUCAGCAAAAAAUCACAUUUUCCUAAUUUAAGUAAAAGAAACAGCAGCCAGUUUUGUUAUUACUGCAAGUAGUGUGUAAUUUAUAUGGUGAAUUAUUUCCUAGCUUUUUUUCUGUGACUCUGAAGAACAACACUAAAUAUUAUAUUUUAAAUAAAUAUGGAAGAUUCAAGGGCAUUUAUCAAUUUAAGUUUAAUGAGAAAAAGUUUAAAAAAAAGAUGAAGGACCAUAAAGAAGAAACAUGUCGAUGUUGAAUUUUGAGGAUCAAUUUUGUUUAUUAAUUCAAUUUCCUAAUAACAGAAUUACAGGAAUACAGUGCUGCCUGAAAGUUUGUGAUUGCUACAUCAUUUUAAGUCAUAACAGUAGAUGAAGAGAAUCCAAUAAAGCAAAUAACACAAAUAAUUAUGUAGUUUUUCAUCCAUUUAUUGAACAAAGUGAUCCAACACUAAAUGUCUUUGUUGUGAACCUCUAGAAUGGUCAGUUUGGUAUAGGCGAUAAUUAGAGUCAGCAGGUUCAAUCAGUUGUAUGACAGUCAGAGGGAGAUUGCUGAGAACCUCUGAAAAUGAUUUGCCUGUGCUUAUUAGGCUGGAAGUUCUGGGAGAUCACAAAGAACCCUAGGGUAACAGCUAAGGCUCUGCAGGCCUCUCUUACACUGUCCAGUGUUCGUGUUCAUGAGCCACCAUCCGGCAAACAUUGGGGAGGAAUAGUAUAAAUGGAAUGAUAGCAUUAAGAAAUCCACUACUCUCCAGUAAGAACUUUGUUGCCUGUUUAAAGUUUCCUAAAGACCACCUGGAUGAGCCAGAAGACCACUGAAAUAAUGGCAGUGUUUGGCAAAACUGAACACUGCAUUCCAGCAUAAGAACUUUGAAACAUGGUGGUGGCAGUAUCACAGUUUGGGGCUGUUUUCCUGCUAUUGGAGUAGAACAGCUUGGCGUCAUUUGAUGGAGCUCUGAAUUUUGGAUUGUAACAAGAAAUUCUACAGAUGAAUGUUAAGGCAUCCAUCCAUGAACAGAACCUCAACAGAAGUCCAGCUCUUAAUCCAAUAGAAAUGUUGAGGCAGAACCAAAGCUGUGGCAUUCAUGCAACAAAGCCCACCAGCUCCACAGAGUUGAAGCAGUUCUGUAAGGAGGUGCAGGCCAAGAUUUGUCCAAGUCAGUGUCCAGGGCAGAGGUUCACAUACUAUAACAAAGACAUUUAAUGUUAAAUUAUUAUGUUCAAUAAAGGAAUGAAAAACUAUAGACUUUUUGUGUUAUUAGUUUAACUGGGUUCUCUUUAUGUAUUUAUUAAAAAAUUCACAAAAUGAAAACUUUCGAGUAGCGUUUGGUGUGUGUAUAUAUAUGUAUAUAUGUAUGUAUAUAUAUAUAUUUCAAAAAAGCUACAUACAUACAUAUAUAUUUUUCAAAAAAGCUCGAUUUAGGACCAUCUACAGCACAUUCUCCAUCAAUCUGACGGACGCUUUCAUGGUGCAAAGAACCCUUUAAUCACGUAAAGGGUUCUUGAAGUGUUCCUGAUUCUAUACAGAACCAUUUUCUUUACUAAAGGCCUUUUGAAGAACCAUCUUUUUAUGAUUGUAUAUUGUAUUAAAAAUAAUACAAAGAUAUUAAAUGUUGAAACUUUUUUUACAUUACAGUGUAACAUAAAAACACAUAAAUAUGAAGUAAAACUGAGGUUUUGCAUUCCAGCUUCUCAGAGUUCCACCAGCUCAUCUCUGAAUGUGAACAUAUUAAUUUUGAAAGGUUUAAAACUAAUGAAUGCUGUGUAUUUAAUCGUGUAAAGAAGCAGAAAAGCUCAAUUUAGCAAGCGCUACAGGCUGCUACCUCAUUCUGUUCAAGAAACCUUAAGACCAGCCGGUCAUUCAUUCUGUAGCUCUGGUUCUGGACUGUUGAACCUGUUUUCAUAUUGUACCUGAAAGAUUGUUGUUAAUUUAACAAAGAACUGUUGCUAUGGUGCUUCUGUAAUCUGAGGACCAAUAAAAGUGCAGUGCAGUCUAA